AUGGCGGCCCGCGGACCCAAGGUGCAGAAGAUUAUGACUCAGCCGAUCAACUUGAUCUUCCGGUUCCUCCAGAACAAAUCGAGGAUUCAGAUCAUGCUCUAUGAGAACACCGAUCUUAGAAUCGAGGGCCGCAUCAUUGGUUUUGACGAGUACAUGAACCUGGUGCUGGACGAGGCUGAGGAGGUGUCGACGAAGCGCGGCACCAGGACGCCCCUUGGCAGGAUCUUGCUCAAGGGCGACAACAUCACCAUGAUGCUCAACACCAGCAAGUAA